AUGGCGUACGAUACCACUGUGCUCAUCACCGGAAGCAAGUCUGGCAUCGGCCGAGGCCUGCUUACGGCAUAUGCCGCCAGACCUAACACACUUGCCAUUGCUGCGAUCAGAGACGGGCCCGACUCUACCCCUGCGUCCUCAUUGACAAACAUUCCAGUCGGUCCAGGUAGCAAGAUCGUCGUGGCCGAGUACGAUGCCAGCUCCCACACAGCCGGCACGGAUCUUGUCAAGUAUCUUCAGACAACCUACAGCCUCGGCAGCCUCGACGUCGUUAUCGCCAAUGCCGGCAUCCUGAAGCACUUUGGUCCUGCUAGUGAGGCUUCGCCAGCCACCAUUAUCGAGCAUUUCGAAAUCAACACCCUGGCACCCAUUUUGUUGUACCAAGCCACUCAGCCACUCUUGAAUGCCUCACGUCAAAACCCGAGGUUCUUCAUCAUAUCUUCCAGUAUUGGUAGCAACGGACUGCAGGACCACUAUCCUUUGCCGAUGAUCGCUUACGGCACGUCAAAGGCUGCGGUUACCUAUGCCGCAAGUCGCAUCCACCGAGAGGAGAGUCGCAUAACCAUUGUCCCCGUUCAGCCAGGGUGGGUACAGACAGAAAUGGGAAACAAAGCUGCUGCGCUUGCGGGGAUGAACGCGGAAGACGUCCCAGUCACUCUCGACGAGAGUGUGAGUGGGCUCAUUUCUUUGUUUGACAAGGCCAACAAGGAGACACAUAGUGGGAAGUUUUGGGACCACACUGGAACGCAGCUGCCAUGGUGA